UUUUAUUCGGAAGAGUGACAACGACGCCGAUCGCCUGCCUUGGCAGCGAAUUCUCGAGCGUGCGUAAUGGCGACCUGGUCAGAAAGAUGCCACCGUUCACAACGUGUACUUAAUUUCAAAACUACUCGUUUCUUGCCCAAGCUGCCCCAAGGUGGUUCCCAGUGUUGGGUACUAAAACAAAUUUGAGUGUUCUGGCCUUCUGUUCUGUGCGUUAUCUUGAUGUAUCCGUCAAGAGCUUGGACGUAUGGACUGCUUAUUGUGGCAUGCUUGUCUUGGUCUUCACUGCUUAUUGGAGCACAGCGGAUUACCAAUCCCUCGGAAGUGACAGCAUUGCGGGCCAUCAAGGCAAGGUUGAUAGAUCCAAAUAAGAAUUUGAGUAAUUGGGAUCGAGGAGACCCAUGUACAUCAAAUUGGACAGGGGUUGUCUGCCACAACGCUACAUUUUCAGAUGAUGGUUAUCUACAUGUUGACCGAUUGCAACUAAUAAGAAUGAAUUUGUCAGGAAGUUUAUCACCGGCGCUUGGCCAAUUGUUGAAUGCGACAAUAUUGGACUUUAUGUGGAACAAAAUAAGUGGGAGUAUACCAAAGGAGAUAGGCAAUAUCAAAUCUUUGUUUCUUUUGCUUCUGAAUGGAAACCAAUUAACAGGUCCCUUACCUGAAGAGCUAGGUUAUCUUCCAAAGUUGGACAGAAUACAAAUUGACCAGAACAACAUAUCAGGACCAAUACCCACAUCAUUUUCAAACCUGAACCUAACAAAGCACUUUCACAUGAACAACAAUUCGAUUAGCGGGCAAAUCCCACCUGAGCUAUCCAGAUUACCAAAUCUUUUUCACUUCCUUCUUGAUAAUAACAAUUUAUCAGGGAUACUUCCACCAAGCUUCUCCGAAUUGCCAAAUUUACGAAUCCUUCAGCUUGACAACAAUAACUUUGAUGGGGCUUCAAUUCCACCUUCUUAUAGCAACAUGUCUAAUUUGCUGAAGUUGAGCCUUAGGAACUGCAACUUGCAAGGACCGAUUCCUGAUUUUAGCCAAAUACCAAACCUUUAUUAUUUAGACCUCAGUUCAAAUCAGCUAAAUGGAUCCAUACCUGCAAAUAGGCUUGCUGAGAAUGUCACGACUAUCUAUUUAUCCAACAACAAUCUUGAGGGACCAGUUCCCACCAGCUUUUCAAGUCUUCCUCGUCUUCAGAGACUGUCAAUUGCGAACAAUUCAUUGAAUGGCUCCAUUCCAUCCUCCAUUUGGCAAAAUAAGAAUUUGACUUCAAAUGAAAGCCUUAUAGUGGAAUUGCAGAAUAAUCAGCUUUCAAAUGUUACAGGCCCUACUAAUCUACCUCAGAAUGUCUCUGUCUGGCUUCAAGGGAACCCCUUAUGCUCAAACUCCAACCUAGUCCAGUUUUGUGGAUCUGAAAGUGAUUACGACUAUAAAAGUCAGGGAUCAAUAAAUGUCACUUUUUCUUGUUCAGAAUGCCCACCCCCUUAUGAAUAUUCCCCUACAUCUCCUAAACCUUGUUUAUGUGCUGCCCCUCUGCUUGUUGGAUAUCGAUUGAAAAGUCCUGGAUUCACAGAUUUUCGUCCGUUCAAAAAUAUGUUUGAGCAGUACAUGACAUCUGGUCUUGGGUUAUUUCCUUACCAGCUGUACCUCGAUUCAUUUACAUGGGUAAAAGGACCUCGACUUGGAAUGUUCUUGAAGCUCUUUCCUGAUGCUUAUAGCAACGAUUCAAAUCAAUUCAAUCAGAGUGAGGUUCAGCGAGUCAUGAACAAGUUCACAUCAUGGGGUAUUCCUGAUGAUGACUUAUUUGGACCUUAUGAACUUAUGGACUUCAUUCUAUCAGACGUUUAUAAAGAAGAGCCUUCCAAUUCUCCAAGGUCUACUUUAAGCAAAGGCGCAUUGGCUGGCAUAGUAUUGGGGACCAUUGCUGGUGCAGUUACAUUGUCUGCAGUUGUUACUCUUCUGAUACUGAGAGUGCAUAUGAAGAAGCACCCUGCAGUUUCUAGAAGACGUCGUUUGUCUAGGGCCUCAAUGAAAAUUGAUGGUGUGAAAGAUUUCACUUAUGGAGAAAUGGCUAUGGCUACAAACAAUUUUAACAGUUCCACUCAGAUUGGCCAAGGAGGGUAUGGAAAGGUUUAUAAAGGCAUUCUGGCUGAUGGUACAGUUGUGGCCAUAAAACGUGCACAAGAGGGAUCCUUACAGGGUGAAAAGGAGUUCUUAACAGAGAUAGAACUGUUAUCAAGGUUACAUCAUCGAAACCUAGUGUCUUUGAUUGGAUAUUGUGAUGAAGAAGGUGAACAGAUGUUGGUUUAUGAGUUUAUGCCUCGUGGUACUCUAAGGGAUCAGCUUUCUGCCAAGUCUAAAGAGCCUCUGAGUUUUGAUAUGAGAUUGGGAAUUUCCCUGGGAUCAGCUAAGGGCAUCCUCUACUUACAUACAGAAGCUAAUCCUCCGAUAUUUCACCGAGAUAUUAAGGCUAGCAACAUAUUAUUGGAUUCUAACUAUACGGCAAAAGUUGCUGAUUUUGGACUUUCGCGACUUGCCCCAGUUCCUAUUGAAGGGGUUGUGCCUGCUCAUGUAUCAACCGUUGUGAAGGGGACUCCAGGUUACCUAGAUCCGGAAUACUUCUUAACUCAUCAAUUGACCGACAAAAGUGAUGUUUAUAGUCUUGGUGUUGUAUUUCUAGAACUCCUCACUGGGAUGCAACCAAUCUCACAUGGCAAAAACAUUGUUAGAGAGGUUAAUAUUGCGUAUCAAUCUGGCAUGAUCUUUGGGGUUAUUGAUGGGCGAAUGGGUUCUUAUCCUUCUGACUGUGUGGUGAAAUUCUUGAGUUUGGCCCUCAAGUGUUGCCAAGAUGAGACAGAUGCACGGCCUUCAAUGGCAGAGGUGGUUCGAGAACUUGAAAAUAUAUGGGUUAUGAUGCCCGAGUCUGACAUCAGAAAGGCAGAUCCCAUGGUCACUGAUGUUGCAAAGGAUAUGACUCCGCCGUCAUCAUCGUCUAAUGUGAAGAAUCCUUUUGUGUCAAUGGAUUUAUCAGGCAGCAACCUUGAUAGUGGAGUCAUCCCAACGAUCACGCCUAGAUAGAAAACAUUCGCGGGGGCGGGGGGGGGGGGGGGGGAGUUGGUUGAUUUUGCCUUUUCCUGAAAACUUUGAACUGGGAAAUUUUUCCUUAUGAUCUUGGUUUCUGAUUUUGUGUAUAAUCUCUCACUCUCAGUUGUUACACUUUCUUUUUUGUGCAAACUUUAUAGUUAUAACAGUAGAUUGUUUGACAGCGUUGAUAUACAAA